AUGGUUGACAAUAUAGAGAACAGGAUUCUAAUAAGGGAAUUCAAUGAAGACAGAGAUAUCGAAGAGGUGGAGAAGCUUGAGAAGAACUGUGAGAUAGGGUCUAAAAGGGGAAUCUCCAUAUUCACUAACAUGAUGGGUGACCCUUUAUGUAGGAUUAGGCUCUACCCUGUUCAUGUUAUGCUGGUUGCUGAGUUGCUACAAAACGGGGAGCUUGUCGGAGUUGUUCGAGGUUGCAUCAAGUAUGUGGGGACUGGUUUUAUGGGAGCACAUGUGAAGAUGGGUUGCAUAUUGGGCCUUAGAGUUUCUCCUAGGCACCGGCGGAUGGGCAUCGGGUUAAAACUUGUCAAAUCAAUUGAAGAAUGGACAGUAAGGAAUGGGGCACACUACAUUAUCCUAGCCACUGAGGAAUCCAACAUUCCCUCUAAGAAUCUCUUCACAGUAAAAUGCAAUUAUUCAAAGUUCAUCUCUCUAGUCAUAGUUGUUCAACCAGUCAGUUCUCCCACCAAGCACCUAUGUCAAGACAUAAAAAUUGAGAAGCUGCACACAGAUCAGGCCAUCUCCUUCUACGAGAACAGGUUUGGAGGAAAAGAGAUGUAUCCAAUGGACAUUGAUGCAAUCUUGAAGGGAAGACUCAGCCUUGGCACAUGGAUAUCUUAUUUCAAAGAAGGGAACUGGAAUGGAGAAAUGAUCUCCAGUACUAGAACUCCGAGCUCCUGGGUGAUCUUCAGCAUAUGGAAUAGUUGCGAGGUCUACAAACUUCAAAUAAGGAAGUCCCUUCCACUGAAGUGUUUUCAUGCAACUCUUAGCCAUGCAAGGGAUAAAAUCUUCCCUUGCCUCAAAAUGCCAAUUAUCUUUGAUUCAUUUGAGAAUAAACCCUUUGGUUUUCUCUUCCUAUAUGGGCUCUACGGAGAGGGGGAGAGGCUUGCGGAGAUCAUGAAGUGCGUGUGGAGCUUUGCAUCAAGAAUGGCAGAGAAUGUGAAAGACUGCAGGGUGAUUAUGGCUGAGUUGGGAGCCUCUGAUCCUCUCAGAUGGCAUGUUCCCCAAGGAUCCUCCAUGUCCACCAUCAAAGAUCUCUGGUACUUAAAGAAAGUUUGUAGCCCCGCCAGUGAUGAAGAUGAGUUGAUGAUGAUGGGACAAGUAGGGGAUAUGUUUGUCGACCCAAGAGAUUUCUAG